CCGGCCCCGGGGCCCCGCCACCGGGAAUGGCGGAACUGCGCGGGCAGCGGGACCGGGACACAACGGGCAGCGAGCGGGGAACCGGCCUCGGGCGGGACGAGCCCCGGGAGAGGCGCCGCGGGGAGCCAGGGCUGGCGGGGCGGCAGCAGUUCCCUGUACUUCUCUUCCAGCAGUGAUGAUGAAUUUGAAAUGUUUUUAGCUAAAUUGAAAACUCCCAAAUCUGUUUCUAAAAAGGCAGAUACAAGUUUGAAAGACUUCAUUGAUGAUUCAGAUGAUUUCUUCUUGGAUUUGAAAGUGAAAAAGAGCACAACCAAGAGUGCACGGAAAGAUCUUCAGACCUCAAAAAAGCUGAACACCCCUGGAAAGAGAAACACUUGCUGCCAAGAAUUGCAGUAUCCAGAUACUUCAAGUGACAUUGAAGAUUCUGUCUUUGUAGAAAGUCCAUGCAAUAACCACCAAAAAGACGGAGUGAAAGACUUAAAAGGGAGUCAAAAGUGCAUAAAUCUUUCACUUCCACAAAAUCGGAAAGAGUCAGUUUUCAAAGGCACUCCAGAUUUACUUGUUAGAAGGAAAGAAAGAAGCUGUGAAAAUACAAAAAAUAAAUUGCCAACUGUGGCACUAACACAGUGUACAGGGGUGGAGUCAGAUAGCUCAGAUGACAGUUUUGAAUCUUUAAUGGAACGGAUUCAGAAGCGAAGUCUGCCCCGGAAACCAGUCUUAAGCACCAGCAGAACUGUCUUUGAGCCAAGCACGACAGAAAACAUCAAGCCACCCUGCAAAGAUGCACAGCCUGUGAAAGGGGAGGGAGGCAAGACACCAAAGCCAAAAUCCAUUUCACUUCAAGAAACGCCUUCCAUGAUAAGGACUUCUGCAAGAAUUCCUGGGAAUGAAUCAGUCAGUUGCUCACAGUCAGCAAAGACAGAGAAAAGGGUCAGGGUAUGCUCAGUGCCUGGUUGUUUCUUGCAAGAGCUUUCAAAUCCAGCUUCCCACUAUGUGAAGUAUUUCAAGAAAAAUAAAGAGGAGCUGGCCCAGAAGCUCUACAGGCUCUUUAAUAGUACCAUCUUUGAGCAAAAGUUACCAGAGGACAUGGUAAUAAUCUGGAAUAAGAAAAUGAGAAAAACAGCGGGGUAUUGUGUAACGGGGCAGAGGGGAGGCCCUGAAGGAAAGCGUUACGCUCGCAUUGAACUCUCUGAGAAAGUCUGUGACUCUGCAGAUCGCCUUCGGGACACGCUGAUCCACGAGGUUUGCCACGCAGCCACCUGGCUCAUCAACGGUAUUCGGGAUGGACACGGGCGGUUCUGGAGGUUCUAUGCCAACAAAUCAGCUGUAAUUCAUCCAGAACUGCCAGUGGUGACACGCUGCCACAGCUAUGAAAUUAAUUACAAAUUCACCUACGAGUGUGUUCGGUGCAAAGCUACGAUCGGGCGGCACUCGCGGUCCCUGGACACAGCGCGAUUCGUGUGCGCCUUCUGCGGGGAACAGCUGGUCCUCAGGCAGCCCCUGGGCAAGGGGGGCACCCCUGCCAGGACACAGCUCACUCCCUUUGCUAAAUAUGUGAAGGAAAACUAUGGGCUUGCUAAGAGAGAGCAGCACGGGCUGAGUCAUGCAGAGGUCAUGAGGAAACUCAGUGCUGAUUUUGCUUUGAAAACCAAGCUGGAAGAUUCCUUUUAGUAUCUCAAUAUACCUCCUUUCUUGGUGCCACUUAAAUUUUGUAUACAGAGUAGUAAAAGUUCUGAGCAGCGCUUACACAUAGCAUGUCUUCAGUGACUCCAAUGAGUAAGGGAUUUACUGUUUAAUCUGGGCAGCUGAUAGGCUGUAGACUCUGUGUGUGCUGAAGAACUGCUGUGUGUGCUUCUGGCUGGGAUUGCCAGAGGCAAGAAAGUCCAGGCCCACCAGCCCAAGUCCUCUGACUCUGAAUGACUCCAGAGCAGGAAAAGGGGCAUACCUGAGAUGGGCUUCACCAUGGGUUCAGAUAUUCUCCCAUGUAGAGUUUCCUGAGAGAUCCUUGGCUGUUCUUAUUACAAUUAAGUGGUAGGUAGAUGGUUCCUUAAAUCCAUUAACAGAAUAUAUCAGUGUCUCCAAAGCCUUUUAGCCCUCAGUAAGAUUGAAGCUCUUUGAUUAAAUUUUAAUGUAGUGCACCUCUAUCGUUGAGAUUUCAAAGAAACUAAAAUACAUGCAGAUGGUCAGAUUGGGGAAAGCAGAUUCACUUUCACAUGGCUUAAGUCUUUCAUGUAAAAUGCAACUGAAUCGGUGUUACAGUAUUUGUGUCUUCUGAAAGCAAAUUACUCAGGGGCUUAAUAAUUUUGAUAAUCAAUAAAUGUCAGUUUGAUACAAACUCUUGCAAUGAA